AUGGAGGCGGUAGCGUUGCUGGUGGUGGUCGUUCAGCUUCAGCCACACCUCUUCACAAUUAUACAUCUGAACGAGUCCGCGCCUGUUACUUCUACUCCACCAUCAAGCUCUUGCUCCGCUUAUAGAGGUGGUGGCACUGCUGGUGGUUGUCGUUCAACUUCUCUACCCCUCACCUGUGUCUUCACGAGUAUGGGUUGGCUAACUAAAAUUUUAAAAGGGUCCAGCUCCAGCCAUAGAAUCUCAGAAGGUCGAUAUCAUGACAUAUAUGAAAACGAAGAAAUUUGGGAGGAGCCUCCUUCUACAAAGGAUGCAUUGUCAGACUUUGAUCAGGAAGAAAUUAACAGAGCUAUUGCAUUUUCCCUUGUUAAAGAAGAUGAGAGAAGUGCACUUUCCCUUGUAGAAGAUGACAAAAAAAGUGCACGUUCAAGUGUACAUGAAGAAGAAGGCUCUGUUUCUGAACCUUCAGUAAUUUACUAG